AUGCCCGGCUGCCGAUGCAAUGGCAUGAGAUCGAGGCCAGCGUACGUACGCACGGUCGACCGUUUGGUAGGCGAGGUGCCAACAAGAAACAGCUCUCACCGCAGGCGGAGACACGGAGUGGGCCACGGGGAACAUGCUGACGUGCAAUGCUCGGCCGAAGGAUGUCAGCGGAGAACUACGAAUUCCAUGUACCUUCUGCCUUCGAUCGAUCAGGACGAAAACCUCCCAUUCGUGGAAUGCGACGUUGCUUUGGCUUGUUUCGACAACCGGUCAGUGCACAAGACGUUGUCCGAUGCAUCUCGUAUGCUGGGAACAGCACUCACUGAUGCUUACUUCUAG